UAUAAAGAGUCGUAGAAAUUGGCCAAUAAAAAUUUAGUUAACAACCAAUUAACAUUUUCAACAGCCCGGAUGUGAAUGCAAUUUUGUAAUGAAUAAAAACAAUUGAUAAACACUGUCAAAUGGGUCAAAAGAUGGAUGAUUUGUCACGGAUACCCGUGAGUCAUUGUCCAAAGGUAUUUGUUCAGCGGGACUAUUCAAAUGGGACAACUCUAAGCUUCCAAACCAAAUUUCCACAGGACUUGGAAGGAAAGGUUGAUGCAGCAACAUUCCAGGAGACAGUGACCAAGUUGAACAGUAUGUACCUUGAGGCAGAGACUCUCAGCGGCAAGACGUACUGUGAAAGCUGUCUCGCCUGUCUCACAGCUUACCUCUCUUACAUCUGUUUUGAUACACACUACGAGAAGAUGUUGAAGAAAAUCCGCCAUUACAUUGAUGAACAGAAUCAGAAUGUUUAUGUACCAAGGGGUUUGAUGCUGAUAGAUCCAGUAGAACGGGGACUUCGAGUUCUUGAAAUCUGUGUGCUGAGUGAAUCAAGUGGCGGAAGAUGAAGACACUAUAAAGUUAGGGAAUCAACACACCCAAUUCUGUCAGUUUAUCAUCCAUCAUAUUCUUGUUCAACUAUUCUGUAUUUUACCCUUUUAGAUAUCUGCAAGACACAUUCAAGCGUAUACUUUUACAUGUAGUUGCAUACUUCACAUUUAAGUUGCAGUGAAGUGUCAAAUAUACAGAGGAGGAAAGUGACUUGAACAUUUUCAGUGUUUUAUGCGUAUUUAAGAGAACUUUGCCCAUAUCCAGUUAUUCUCACAUAUCAGAGGUUUACUGUGGUUAGUGGUUGAACCAGUUGCACAUUUCAUUGAUAUUUGUAGGUUUUUAUGUAUAUACAGAGAAGAUUGAAGCCAGUAAACACUGUUUCAUGACAUAUUUUUCAUAUAAUGCCUUAGCCAGUCAAAAUCACCUGUGAAAAAUGGUCUGUAUCGAUUUCUGGAAUUCAAAAUUUAUGCAAGUUAUGAAAACAUGUUAAUUUCUUUACGAAAUUUUCUAAAGGUACUGAUAGCAGGUUUACCUCUGUCUGUGCAUCCAACAAUUUGUAACAUUUUCACGACAUCAUAAUUCACUGUUUACAAGACUUUCCUCAUAUGUUAUUGGAAAUUAGUGAAAUUUUCAAUAGGAAGAGGCAAAUCAUGAUAAAAUGCUAACUGGCUGAAAUCAUUGCUAGGCAUUAUUACCAAAAACCCAGGGUCACCAAAUAAAAAAAAAAGUUGGUUCAUCACGGGGCUGUAGCAAAUCUCUGAUGGGUGAGAAUGAUAACUGGUAGGCUUCACUGAAGAAGGGAUAGCGAAAAAGAACUCGGAGAAAUGAAUGUGCAAGAUAUAAAGAAAUUAGGGUGGGUGGGGGUGCUUUAUUCUCUGUUCACAUAGAUUGUUAAGAUUUUUCAUGGAUAUAGUUUUCUACAAGGCAUUUCUGUGUUUUUAUGUAAAUGUAGAUUUCAUUUAUCACACUUUCUGAUUAGUUCAUUAUCUGUAGUUGAAUACAUCUUUUAAUACUUUCAUUAUUGUUUGUCAAAAUUGUAUAUUACUCUUGUUACAUACAUUUGGUGGUUCUUUAACAAGGGCAGUGUGUCGAAAGCUUACAUUCAUAAAACUGAAUCUAUGGACACCAGUCUCAAAACUCUAGCAUCUGAUUGGCUGGCUCUGAGCCUAAUAUUAAGAUUAACCAAUGGUAGCAUUGCAUUCUGAGACUGGUCUAAAACUUAUCUGUGUUUACCUCAGAACAUGCAGUUUCCUACACUUAGCAAAGUUUAAAAAAUUCUCCUCAAAUUAAAGAGGAAAAUAAGGUUUUAUUGCUGGAAAGGGCUGCUGUGUGAAGUUUUCAAAUUUUAUUGAAUGUUUGUAAAUUGUUUUCUCAGAAGUUGAUGUACAUGUAUUAUUUAUUGUAGUACUAGCUUGGUCAACAUUGUAACUUUACUUCUCAUAUGUUGAUAUAUGUUAUCAUGAUAUAUGUUAUCAUUAUAAAGAAAUACAUGAAGUUGUCUUUCAUUGAAUAAAUGAUAUAUCAUGUAAAAAAAAGUGAACACAAUUUGUCAUGCAAAUGUUCAUAAACUUUUGAUUCACCACUGUGAAAUUGUUUUUCGUCUUUGGUUAAACAUCAUUAUUUCUUUUAUGAAUAUGUUAUUUUUGUUAUAAAUAAGAUAUCCUGAAAGUAUAUGAAAAAUCCAAUAACAAAUGUAGACAAAAUUGUAAUUUUGACCUUGUGAUAUGUCUGAAUUAUUACAAUUAAAUGAACUGAGUUUUUCUAAGGUAAUUAUUUCAGACAUAAUGGCAAAUUCAGUAUACUUGUAUUUAUACUUUAACAUGUCCUAGAUUAAUUAAAAUCCAUGUUAUGGAAUUUGUGAUUGCUGGCGGCAAGUGUUUUUGCCUUUGCGACCAGUGCAGCCCAAGAUCAGCCAACAUUUGUGCAGGCUGAUCUUGGUCUGCAUUGUUCGCUAUUCAGUCAGUAAAUUCUCAGUGAACACACCUUCGAAUAAUAAAUGGUUCUGCCCAAACUGAAUGAUAGACUAUUCCAUUUUAGAAAUAUAGCAGGGUAAAGGUUUAACUGUGUAACAUUUUCUUCCUACAUUUUGCCUAUCGUUCAAUAUGAAAUAUGAUUAAGAGUUACUCAAAGUUUUGAAAUUAUAGUUUGAUAUGUGAAUGGAAUUACACAUAGAAUUUAUUGUUCUUGAAAUCUUUUUCGAAUAAUUUUGUAGUUGUGUUGUCUUACGUAAUAUCAUGGCUUUUUCAUUGCAUUUCAUUAAUCAUGUAAUUUGAAAUCAUAUCAAAUUGUUCCAUACAUGACAUGUUACAUGUAAGACAGGAUUAAUUACUUUUUUGAUGUAAAUCUUGUCCUGUUGCAACUUCAGUUUGAAAGUUACUCUUCACUGACAUUGGUGUAUUUUCUUUAUCAUCAUUCAUUUGCAAGUUUAGAAGUUAUGAGUAAUGUUCAAACUAAACUAGAAAUUGUUUCUCUUCAAAAUGAGACAGAAGUUUCAGAAAUAUUGAGUUUUUAUUCAGUAAAUGCUAUUAAAAAAAAUUCAAUGGAAAAAAAAAUAUUCUUCAGUGAAUAUUAGAGCGAAAUAUAUCUGGUAUUUUCACAGUGAAAAAUAAUCAAAUAUAUUUUAUGAUAAGAAACUACAGAAUAGGAAAAUGUAGUCAAAACAUGAAAUAAAAAGAAAAUUUGUUUGUUUUACAUAUAAGAUCAAAAUAAUUCAUGAACACCAUAUUUUACAUUUUCACUUGUAGCAAUGCCACUUGUGAAAAUAUUGCAUCUAGUGUUAAGGCAUGAAAGAUAUUUCAAUCUUAAACUGGAACAAACAAAUAUCUUCUCUCUAUAUUUUUUUUCUAAAAGAAAGUAAGACGUAUAAAAAACCAGUCUAGCCUUCAAUUAAUUUUGUGUAAAUUCUUGUAUUUUUAGAUCAAAUUAAAUGGCAGUCAACUGCACUGUUAACUGAUGAAAUAAAAAGUAAAAUAAAAAAUGAAUUAGCAUUUUAUCCUCAACAUUAAAGCUAUAUUAAGCUGCCCUUUACAAUUUUUUUUCCAAGUUUUGAAAACUACAUUUGUAUUGCAACCUUAAAUUUUGCAAUAUCUUUACUUAGCCCAUUUUUGUGACCUAAUAGAAACAACAUCUGUUGUUUUUCUGAAUAAUAAUCCUUAGAUAUAAAUGUGGUCAUUAAAUCUUCAUGAAUUAUCAUUACUUUAUAUUGUAUAAUUUUGUAUACAUAUUGAGCUAUUUUUAUUUUUGAGCUUCUGUGAUUUAAAACCUAAAUAAACUUAAAAGUAGAA